GUUACUAUGUAAACAUGGAGUUUUGAGAGUUACUUUCUUUUUUUCUGCGAGUUUUUUUUAGCUUGCAAAUUAUCGACACACGUUAUGUAGUCAAAGAUAAAAGUCAUCAGUCUUUAUUUUGUUACAACCUCUACAAUAUAAUGACUUUUUCUUGACUUGGUUUCUUAAGCAUUACCUGUCAAAAGUAGGCUACCGAGUUGGGGAAGUUAUCUAGCCGCUGUAGUGACAGUUCAUUCAGUCAACAGCACGCGGAGUGGGAGGGUCUGCCGCGCUGCUUAGCACUCUACUCCCUGAAGCUGUAGCAGUGAGGAGGUGAUCAGUACACGUGUGGAUUACUGUCAGCAGCACCCAGGUGACUGGACCGAUGAGAUGAUACUAAACCACAACAGGAGUCCUCUUCUGCUCGCCGUCACCUGCAUGUACAUCUCAGGAGGUCUGCUCUGGUCCUACCAAGAGGAGGAUGCCAGUGACGGUGAAGAGUGCUCUGAGAGUAAGAUUUCCACAACAAAGUACCCCUGCCUGAAGCCGAGUGGAGAAGUUGCAACAUGUUACAGAAAGAAAUGUUGUAAUGGCUUCAAGUUCGUGCUGGGCCAGUGCAUUCCUGAAGACUAUGAUGUGUGUGCUGGCGCCCCCUGUGAGCAACAGUGCACCGACCACUUUGGUCGAGUGGUGUGCACCUGUUACCCCGGCUACCGCUACGACCGUGAGCGCCACAGGAACCGAGAGAAACCCUACUGUCUGGACAUCAACGAAUGUGCAGAUAAGAACAUGACUACGUGCUCUCAGACCUGCGUGAAUUCUGUGGGGAGCUACAGGUGUGAGUGUGAGAAAGGCUAUUUCCUGGAAGAAGAUGGGAAAACAUGCACCAAGGGGGAGAGAGUGCAUCUCUUUGAGAAGUCUGACAACAUGAUGAAUGCUGGAACUUGCUCAGCCACGUGUGACGAUUUCCACCAGAUCAGGAUGUCUGUCCUGCAGCUUAAACAGAAGAUGGCUGUGCUGUCAAACAGUGCUUACAUCCCUGAGCAGAUGGCCAGUCAGAAAAUUGUGACAUCGCCCAUAUUUUUACCAGGGCCGCCAGGUCUCCCCGGACCUCCAGGGGAUCCAGGACCAGAGGGCCCUCCUGGAUAUACAGGACUGUUGGGGCCUCCUGGGCCUCAUGGUCCCAGGGGCUUUAUGGGACCCAUUGGACCCACACCAGACCUGUCCCACAUCAAACGGGGCCCCAGAGGACCUGUGGGGUUUCCAGGAGCGCCAGGAAAGGAUGGCCUAAAGGGGGAUAGAGGAGCUCCUGGGCCUGUCGGACCACCAGGUCCUCCAGGCUCUUUUGAUUUCCUGCUGCUGCUGAUGGCAGACAUCCGUUACGACAUCGCUGAACUGCAGAACAAAGUGUACGGUCGCCCGAUGCCCUCUCCAGGGGAGGACUUUCCUGCAGUACCCGACAGCUGGCGGGACACCCAGGACAAUCUGGAAACUGGCUCAGGUGAGGACUACAAGGAACCUACACCCCGAACAGACGGAGGAUCAAAGACAGACAGGAAGUGGAAACCAGCGCGAGAGAGAACAGACUUUAACUGGAAUAUUUAAAAUGGUUUGGGUCUAUAUGUAUAUGAUACUGGUGUAAAUAUUGAAGUGUUUAUGCAUUUUUAUUUUAUUUAAACAGAGUGUACUGUAUGCCUUUUUAAUCACAGAUGUUUAUUUUUAUAUGAUAUACAAGAGUUUGUGUGACUAUUUUUUAACAAAAUGAGUUGACUGUGCAAACGCAGGUUUUUUUAUUCGUUAUUUACACGGCACAUUAAACAAGUCUCCUUAAAUCAGUUUUUACGUCUUUACUUUAUGUCAGUACAUAAUUCUCUUUCCCACAACUUGUGUAAGAAAUACAGCCACCAAAUCUGUGUAUAUAUUCAUUAUCGGAAUAUAUACACAGAUAAUGAAAGAUUCCUCUUCCUCAUGGUCCGCAAAGUAAAUAUUGAACCCAUUUUGCCAGGAUACAUGAUUCAAAUUUUUCAGAGACAGGUACUUGAAAUAAAUGAAUAUAUAAAUAUAUGCUGUGUACAUACAAAGAUGUUGGAUUGCUGUGUGGAUCACUGGUGUUGGAUAGUCCUCCACCAGAGGGAGACAUACAUAAAUUUACAAAUGUCUGGGUUACUGGCUCGGCAUUUCUGAGAAAUGAAUGGCUGACCAAUCAAUCUGUAACACAUCACAAUAUAAUUAAUGAGCCUGAUAUAAAAAGGCACCUCGCGUUCAAAUUCCAAGUCAGCUAUUGACUCAGAACAUUUGACUACAUCUUAAGGUUAGUCAGUAUAUUCACUUAGCUGAUUAAACCUUUACAUAAUCACUGCACACUGUGAAGAAGGUAUGACAAUCAUGAUUAUAUUUGCUCAACAUUCUGCUUUCCCUGCAGCUGAAAUAGGAAAACUGCAUCCUUGUAAGUUUCAUUUUCAAGCUGUGACAUUGCUAUAUGUGUUCCCUAUGCUGUUAUUUCCCCUUCAUAGCUCUGGUUUUAGCUGCAUUGCUCAGCAAGGUGCACCCGGAAGUGCUUAAAACCUCCUGUGCCAGUAGCAGAAAGCAGAGGUGUAUGUUUGUCUUUAUAUCAAUAAAUCCUAUGGAUUUAAUAGUUUUCAGGGCGUCUUCUGUGGUUGAUUUGGGUCGCCCGCAGCAUGGGGUUGAACAAGCUGACAUGUUUUUUAACUUAAAAUGCCCCUGUGUGCACCCAAUGUAUAGUACUUUUUAACUUACUCAAGGGACCGAAUCUCAGUUAUGAUUAUUAUACUCUACUUUUGGUAUUGUUAAUUCUUCUAUACUUAGUUUCAGGGAACUUCUUCUAUCACUGUUCACAGUGAUGUGACCUAACAGUCAUUCAGUACCUCUCUGAAUCCACUAGGUGGCAGUCAUAUGUCAGUCAGUAUGUGCACUGCUUGAUUAAUUCCCUCUGAUAGAUGCACAGCACUCAGUGUUCAGUGAACUCAUUAAACUGUGUAGUGUAGUUCAGAGGAGCACGUGACGAUAAUCAUAACACAAUUAUGAAUAAAACUUUGUGGAGAUGUUCACUCA